GCACCCGGCCCCUGGCCCCGGGGCCACAGAAACGGGGCGUGGGCCAGAGCCUGAAGCAUCCCUGGCCACUACGAUCGCUCCGCCUGUGGCCACCAAUUCCCCUCCUCCUCUGGCGUCCCUCUCUCCGCCCCUGUCGCCUGCCAGCACCGGACACGCUGCUGCACUUCAUCUCUUGGGGCGCUCUUCUCUUUGGCCAACCGUCGCAUCCUGUGCAACUCUGGUCAGUGGCCGUUUUGUGUUGAAUGUUCCCCACCAAGAGCGCAUGGCUGAGGAAGCGAGGUGCAGACCGAGGUCCCGAGGGAUCGCCCUCCGGGAAGCGGUGAUGCUGUUGUUGUACUUAGGGGUGCCAACCGGGCACUCCUACAACCUGGACCCAGAGAAUGCACUGCUGUACCAGGGCCCCUCCGGCACGCUCUUUGGCUACUCGGUGGUGCUGCACAGCCACGGGACCAAGCGCUGGCUCAUCGUGGGGGCGCCCACUGCCAGCUGGCUCUCUAAUGCCUCAGUGGUCAAUCCUGGAGCGAUUUACAGAUGCGGGAUCAGAAAGAAUCCAAACCAGACCUGCGAACAGCUCCAGCUGGGUAGCCCCAGUGGAGAGCCCUGUGGGAAGACAUGCCUGGAAGAAAGGGAUAACCAGUGGCUGGGGGUCACGCUUUCCAGACAGCCAGGAGAAAAUGGAUCUAUCGUGACUUGUGGGCACAGGUGGAAAAAUAUUUUUUACAUGAAGAACGAUAACAAACUCCCCACUGGCAUUUGCUACGGCAUGCCUUCUGAUUUGCGAACAGAACUAAGUAAAAGGAUGGCCCCGUGUUACCAAGAUUAUGUGAGAAAAUUUGGAGAAAAUUUUGCAUCGUGUCAAGCUGGAAUAUCUAGUUUUUACACACAGGAUUUAAUUGUGAUGGGGGCCCCGGGAUCAUCGUACUGGACUGGCUCCGUCUUUGUCUACAAUAUAACUACAAACAAAUACAAAGCAUUUGUAGACAGACAGAAUCAAGUAAAAUUUGGAAGCUACUUAGGCUACUCAGUCGGAGCUGGACAUUUUCGAAGUCCACAUACUACUGAAGUCGUGGGAGGAGCCCCUCAACACGAACAGAUAGGAAAAGCAUAUAUAUUUAGCAUUAAUGAAAGUGAACUGAACAUCAUAUAUGAAAUGAAAGGUAAAAAGCUUGGCUCAUACUUUGGAGCUUCUGUCUGUGCUGUAGACCUCAAUGCAGAUGGCUUCUCAGAUCUCCUUGUUGGAGCUCCCAUGCAGAGCACCAUCAGGGAGGAAGGAAGAGUAUUCGUGUACAUCAACUCUGGUGUGGGAGCUGUGAUGGUUGAAAUGGAAAGGGUGCUUGUUGGAAGUGACAAAUAUGCUGCAAGAUUUGGGGAGUCUAUAGCGAAUCUUGGUGACAUUGACAAUGACGGCUUUGAAGAUAUUGCUAUUGGUGCACCACAAGAAGAUGACUUGCGAGGUGCUGUCUACAUUUACAAUGGCCGAGUGGACGGAAUCUCCUCCACCUACUCACAGAGAAUCGAAGGACGUCAAAUCAGCAAAUCGCUAAGGAUGUUUGGACAAUCUAUCUCAGGACAAAUUGAUGCAGACAACAAUGGAUAUGUUGAUGUAGCUGUUGGUGCGUUUCAGUCUGAUUCUGCAGUGUUGCUAAGGACAAGGCCUGUAGUGAUUGUUGAAGCAUCUUUAAGCCAUCCUGAGUCUGUAAAUAGGACAAAAUUUGACUGUACUGAAAAUGGACUUCCGUCUGUAUGCAUGCAUCUUACAUUGUGUUUCUCAUAUAAAGGCAAAGAGGUCCCAGGGUACAUCGUUUUGUUUUACAAUGUGAGCUUGGAUGUGCACAGGAAGGCAGAGUCUCCGUCAAGAUUUUAUUUCUUCUCUAAUGGGACUUCUGACGUGAUUACAGGAAGCAUACGAGUUUCAAGCAGUGGAGAGAAAUGUAGGACACACCAGGCAUUCAUGCGGAAAGAUGUGCGAGACAUCCUCACCAUAAACUUUGCAAGGUUUUGUGCCUAUGAAAAUUGCUCUGCUGAUCUGCAAGUUUCUGCAAAAGUUGGAUUUUUGAAGCCAUAUGAAAAUAAAACGUAUCUUGCUGUUGGGAGCAUGAAGACCAUAAUGCUAAACGUGUCCUUGUUCAACGCUGGAGAUGAUGCUUAUGAAACCACUCUGAAUGUCCAACUCCCCACAGGCCUUUACUUCAUUAAGAUCUUAGACCUGGAAGAGAAACAAAUAAACUGCGAAGUGACAGAGAGCUCAGGCGUAGUGAAACUUGCCUGCAGCCUUGGUUACAUAUAUGUGGAUCGUCUCUCAAGGAUAGAUGUUAGCUUUCUCCUGGACGUGAGCUCACUCAGCAGGGCACAUGAGGACCUCAGCAUCAGCGUGCAUGCCUCCUGUGAAAACGAGGGCGAAUUGGACCAAGUGAAGGACAACAGACUGACCUUAGCGAUACCUCUAAGGUAUGAGGUUAUGCUGGCUGUUCAUGGGCUUGUGAACCCAACUUCAUUUGUGUAUGGAUCCAGUGAAGAAAACAAACCAGACACAUGCAUGGCCGAGAAGCUGAACCUCACUUUCCAUGUUAUAAACACUGGCAUUAGCAUGGCUCCAAAUGUUAGUGUGAAAAUUAUGGUACCAAAUUCUUUUCUCCCUCAAAAUGAUAAGUUGUUCAACAUUGUGGAUGUCCAGGCAACUACUGGGCAAUGCCAUUUUAAACACUAUGGAAGAGAGUGUACAUUUGCACAGCAAAAAGGCAUAGCGGGUACCUUGACCGAUAUAGUCAAAUUCCUAUCAAAGACUGAUAAGAGACUCCUGUAUUGCAUGAAAGCUGACCAACACUGUUUAGAUUUCUUAUGCAAUUUCGGGCAAAUGGAAAGUGGGAAGGAAGCCAGUGUUCACAUUCAGCUGGAAGGCAGGCCAUCCAUCUUGGAAAUGGAUGAGACCUCAUCACUCAAGUUUGAAAUAAAAGCAACAGCUUUUCCAGAGCCACACCCAAAAGUUAUUGAACUAAAUAAGGAUGAAAACAUGGCCCAUGUUUUCUUGGAAGGGCUCCAUCAUCAAAGACCCAAACGGCAUUUCACCAUCGUUAUUAUUACCAGCAGCUUGCUACUUGGACUUAUUGUACUUUUGUUAAUUUCAUGUGUUAUGUGGAAGGCUGGAUUCUUUAAAAGACAGUACAAAUCUAUCCUACAAGAAGAAAACAGGAGAGACAGCUGGAGUUAUGUCAACAGCAAAAGCAAUGAUGACUGAAGACUUCUAUACUGAGAGAACUGAAAAAGACUCAGUGCAGGGGAAAUCUUCAAAAAGAAGCUACCCAAAGGUGGCUUGUCAGCAUCAGUGGAUGAGUGAAGCAAAACACUAAAGCUCUAGACGUACUGGAGAGGUGACCUGUGGAAGACAACUUAAAGCUAGAGCAAAUCCAGACUCAGCAGGACCUACUUCAAAGGAAUGAUUUUUCAAUAUUACUGAUGAGGUGGGCUCAUCUCAGUGAAAUGGAUGCCAUGAUGUGGAAACUUGUUGGCUUCAAAUACUUUUAUCUUCAAACUAUGAUCAUGAUCUUUGAAUCCACUGAAACUCUUUCAAAUGGCUAUUCCCAGAUUGUCUAAUGGAUAAAUCAUUUUUAU